GACUCUGCCUGAUUCACUUAUUCUCUCACAGCAAGUUAUCUGGAGACUCAGCUGAGGACUUUUCAGUGAGCUCGACGCAAAACCGCAGAGAAACCAAAACUCAACGCAAAACAUCCACUUCUUCAUUAUCACAAUGUUAUCACACAGACAAAGUGAAGUCAUGUUACGUAGAAGCUCUCGACUGAACAACGCAGGAUAUUACAACCUUCGAGGAGAACCAGUCAUUUCCUACAAGGAGACUUCUACCUACAGAAGACCUAGGAGGGUUGCUCCAGACAGCCCAAGAGACACCCCCAAGAAAACCGUCAGGUUUGCACCUGGGACCAAAGAGGCCAGCUGGGCCAACGAGGCCAACGUCCCCAGCGGGGCCAACAGGGCCAACAGGGCCACCAGGGCCAGCUGGAACGGCAUUAUUCGCUGGCUGUUCUACAUGCUGCCCGUGUGUCUUGGAAUUGUAUCCUUCUCCCUGGCUCCCUGCAUGAACGGCACCUCUCUGGACUCAGGACCCUUAGCGUUACCUGUCCCACCAACCAAGCUGGAUACGGUCUUGAGCAGAACUGAAGGGCUGGAGCAGCAGGUGAUAAUGCUGCAGAACGAGCUGCUGAAGUUAAAGAGGAUCAACGAGCUGCCACCAGCGGGCACUAUGCCCAACUUUGCCCUGGAGUCGCUAGGGGCCUGUGUUUUACCUCAAUUAUCCUCGAAUACAUACCGAAGCACAAGUCCAUCCCUUUCCAUUCCUAUCUGGAAUUUCCUGACACCUUUUUGGAGACCAGCUUCAGACCAAAGUAUCGUGACUCAGGGAGGACCAAUCGAGGUCGGACGCUGCUGGCCAUUUCAUGGUGAGCGUGGACAUUUAGUCAUAGCUCUGUCCCACCCAGUGACCAUCAGCCACGUGACACUGGGUCACAUUUCAAAGACCGUGUCGCCAACUGGCAGCAUCUCGAGCGCCCCAAAGAUGUUUGCUGUCUAUGGCAUGAAGACUGAAGAGGAUGAAGGUACCCUACUAGGGACCUUUCUUUAUGAUCAGGACGGCGAGUCAGUGCAGACUUUCAAACUGUCUGAUCAGGAAGAAGGUGUCUUCAGCCAUGUGAAGCUGCAGGUCGAGAGCAACUGGGGAAAUCCUGACUACACUUGCGUGUACAACUUCAGGGUCCAUGGGACCAUAUAGAAGAUAGUGUUUGCUUAUAUAUGGGACUAUGUUGGAACAAACACCGUCUUCUUGGCUGGGUGCAAAGGCAGGUGAGAAUGUAUUUGUGCCAACAACCAACCAUCUGUGAAUAGAUGGGCUUAAUUUAACUUUGUGUUGUGGAAUUUGCAGUCAUAAAAAUAUUAGCAAAUGGCUGGCUGGAACACCUGUGCUGGUGUAGACACAGGGUGGGUGGGUGGGUGCUGGGGAGAGGUAUGGUGUUCCGUGAGUGUUCGCCAUACUUCUUCCCAGCGAACCUCCUCCCUGCCAGGUGAAGGAAACUGCUGGGGAGAGGUAUGGUGUUCCGUGAGUGUUCACCAUACUUCCUCCCAGCAAACCUCCUCCCUGCCAGGUGAAAGGAAACUGCUUGAGGCUCCAUGUUGAUCGGAAGAGAUACAUGGCUGUCUACAAUGCAGUGUGAGGGGGAAUUGGCUAUUUGCUGGUAUUUUCUGUCACUCCAAAUU